UGUGGUUAUUGUGUUUUUUUUUUUUUAAUGUUUAAUAGUUCCUUUCUUGUGGAAGCUGAUGUAUAGUUGCAUACUUAUUAGCAGGAGAAAGUGGAAAAAAUGCAGAGUAGCUGGAUAAUGGAUGCUCAUAAACCAAGUGCGAGCCGUCGUAAUCGAAGUUCGAUUAGAGAUCGAAAGAUGGCAUUGCAACAAGAUGUUGAUAAGUUAAAGAAAAGACUUAGACAUGAAGAAAAUGUUCACAGAGCUCUCGAGAGAGCCUUUACCAGACCGCCCGGAACUCUUCCUCGUCUCCCUCCGUAUCUUCCGGCUCACACACUCGAGCUUGUAGCUGAAGUGGCUGUUUUGGAAGAAGAAGUUGUUCGCCUCGAAGAAAAAGUAGUUCAUUUCAGACAAGGACUAUAUCAAGAAGCUGUCUACAUUUCUUCGUCCAAGAAGAAUAUCGAUAAUUCAGCUGAUUUUUGUCAAAUUAAACCGAAGCAAUCCAAGUCAUCACUUUUACCUUCUCUUUCAGAUGAAAUGAGAGAAAAAGAGAACCGAUCAAGCACCGAUUCCUCGAAGAACAAACAACUAUCACCAAAUUUAAAAGCACAACCGGUAGAAAUUCCCGUGAAAAAGCAUCCCAUUAAACGCAGAUCGGUUGUAUUACAGUUGGAAAAGCGAGUAACGGAGGAUUGUAGUUCAGAAGGGAAGAAUAUUCCGGAUCAAGAGGAAAUAUCGUUAAUAGACGAGAAUCCAAACAGAAUAUCCGAGAGCAUUUUGAAAUGCUUAAUGAACAUGUUUUCAAGAAUGAGCUCCAAAAAUAAUCGGAUAAUUUCUUUUGAUAGUGAUCCUUAUAAUUUAUGUUCCAUGUUCGGUACGAGAGAUAUUGGUCCGUAUAAGCAUUUAUCUUCAAUUGGCUCGGACUCUAUUGAUCGAGACCGAACAACUAUAUCCAUAUUUCUUGUUCAAAGAUUAAAGAUUCUAUUUCGGAGACUUGCAAGAAUUAGCUUCAAGGGACUAAGCCAUCACGAAAAGCUUGCGUUUUGGAUAAACAUUUACAAUUCGUGCAUGAUGAAUGCAUUUAUCGAGUACGGCGUUCCAAAGUGUCCCGAAAGGGUUGUUGAGCUGAUGCAAAUGGCAACGGUAAAUGUCGGCGGGCACGUUCUAAAUGUAAUAACCAUCGAGCAUUUCAUUCUGAGACUGCCUUAUCACUCGAAAUAUACUUUCUCGAAAGCCACGGAGUACCACGAGAUGAUGACGCGUGGCAUUCUCGGAUUGGAAUUAUCCGAACCGUUGGUUACAUUUGCUCUCUCUUGUGGAAGCUGGUCCUCUCCUGCUGUAAGUUUAUCGAAAAUAAUUCAUCCAAAUAAAAAAAAUAUAUACUAAUGCCACUUUUAAGACAUCCAUCCACCUCGAUAUGUUUCAUA